AUGUCCCUCUGGAGCAUCAUCUCCCACAUGCCACCGGAGGAGUUCAGCGGCCUCUUCACAGAGUUUCCCCGCAGCCUGCGCUGUCUCCUGGCUGACUGGCUGGAGAACCAGCCCUGGGAGUUCAUCAAUGGCUCGGAUGCCUUCUGCACCAACGUGGCCGGCGGGAUGCUCUCGGCCAUGCUGGAGAAGCUCCGCAGCGCUGCCGGCAGCAACGAGCAGCAGUGCCAGAUCCUCCAGCAAGUCAGCAGCAUCGAGAACACCUACCGGCGGGACCCACUGCGGCUGGUGGCCGUCCUGAAAGCGAUCCUGGAGGGUGAGAAGGCCGCCGUGCUCAAGAGGGACCGCCACCUGCCCCUCAGCUUCCACCGGCGGCAGGAGGAGCUGAAGUUCAGCCUGGGGCUGCAGCGGCUGCAGCACCGUGUCCGCGAGAUCCAGGCACUGCGGGACGGCCCCACAGGUGAGGGGCCGGGGCAGGAUGGUGCAGUGCAGAUCCCCAUGGCCAGUACUGCCCCCCAGGAGCUGCCCGCCCUGAUCCUGGAGGCUGUGAAAGAGCUGGAGGUGGCCAAGCAGCAGGUACUGAAGAGGAUCCAAAUCUGGAAGAGGCAGCAGCAGCUGGCAGGGAAUGGGGCCCUCUUUGAGGAGAACCUAGCUCCGCUGCAGAAGAGGUGCGAGAGCCUGGUCGAGGUUUACUUCCAGCUGCACCAGCAGGUGAUGGCAGUGAGCGCAGAGCUGGGGGCUGAGCUGCUGCCCCGGCUCCUAGAGCGGUUCAACGAGGUGUUAUCCAGCCUGGUCAAGAGCUCCUUCCUGGUGGAGAAGCAGCCCCCACAGGUGCUGAAGACCCAGACCAAGUUCCAGGCGAGUGUCCGGUUCCUGCUGGGCCCCCAGCUGCUGAAGGCAUCGGCCAAGCCCUACAUGGUGCGGGCCGACAUGGUGACGGAGAAGCAGGCACGGGAGCUGGCGCUCAGCGCCUACAACAACACCCUCAGUGAGAGCACGGGGGAGAUCAUGCAUAAUGUGGUGGCCCUGGAGACCAACCCCACCAGUGGGACCUGCUGUGCCAACUUCAAGAACGUGCUGCUGAAGAAGAUCAAGCGCUGCGAGCGGAAGGGGUCCGAGUCAGUGACAGAGGAGAAGUGUGCCGUCCUAUUCAGCACCAGCGUGGCCCUGACCCCCAGCAACCUCUCCGUCCACCUCCAGGUCCUGUCUCUGCCCAUCGUGGUCAUUGUCCAUGGGAACCAGGACAAUAAUGCCAAAGCAACCGUGCUGUGGGAUAAUGCCUUCUCCGAGAUUGACCGGGUGCCCUUCGUGGUGGCUGAGCGGGUGCCCUGGGAGAAGAUGUGUGAUACGCUGAACCUGAAGUUCAUGGCAGAGGUGCAGACCACCAAGGGGCUUCUCAAGGAGCACUACUUCUUCCUGGCCCAGAAGAUCUUUAGCGACCACAGCGCCAGCCUUGAGGACUUUCAGAGCCGCAGCGUCUCCUGGGCCCAGUUCAACAAGGAGAUCCUGCCUGGUCGGGGAUUCACCUUCUGGCAGUGGUUUGAUGGAGUCCUCGACCUCACCAAGAGGUGCCUCAAAAGUUACUGGUCAGACAGGCUCAUCAUCGGCUUCAUCAGCAAACAGUACGUCUGCAAGCUCCUGAGCACAGAGCCUGACGGGACCUUCCUGCUGCGCUUCAGUGACUCGGAGAUUGGAGGCGUCACUAUCGCUCACGUCAUCCGGGGCAAGGACGGGUCCAGCCAGGUGGAGAACAUCCAGCCCUUCUCUGCCAAGGACCUGUCCAUCCGGUCCCUCGGCGACCGCAUCCGCGAUCUGGGGCAGCUCCGCAACCUCUACCCCAACACCCCCAAGGACCAGGCAUUCGGGAGUCACUACAACAAAGAGCAGACGGGCAAGGAUGGCCGGGGCUACGUCUCCACCGCCAUCAAGAUGACAGUGGAAAGCGAAAGGGACCAGCAGCCCCAGAGUGCUGGAGGGGGCCCCCGUGAGACCCCCCAGGCUCAGAUGUUCAGCCUGCCCAUGCUGCAGCCCGAGCUGCACCCGGAGAGCCUGCAGUCAGUGCUCAGCCCCAUGUGCCCCCCUGCUCCCUUCUGCCCCCAGCCCAUCCCCACAGGCUACCCUGCAGGUGAGAGCAACAUCAACAUGAUGGUCUCCGACAACCUCCAGUCCUCCUUCCCCAGCACAUCACCGAUGCUCUCGCCGUCCCUGGUCAUGGACCCCGCACUGCCCCGCUGCCAAGACCUUGCCUUCGGGAACCCCUUGCCCUUCAUGCCCAACCAGUACAUGACGGGGGAGGCCUCGCAGCUGCUGUCUGGGGGCCCCUCACCAGAGCCACAGGAUGAGGAGAUGCCCGAACUGGCCCCGUUCACGCAAAUGGUGGACCCGCCGCUGCAGAGCUCCCCAAGGUGGAUGCCGCCCAGCAUGGACCUGCCGCACAGCUCGGACUUCGACCAGUUCCUGCAGGACGUGUCCCUGGAGGGCCCCGCGCUGUGCCCCCCCUUCACGCCCCCCUUGCAGCGCAGCAGGUACCCCAGCCCCAACACCUCUUGCUGGGGGCUGGGGGAGUCUCGGUGGGAUGACAGCGUCCGGCCAGGGCAUGCAUGA